UACGCGCGAGCGUCGUCCACGAGAGGCCUUCUUGAGCCGGGUGGCGCAGGCGCAGUGUCCCCGGGCCAAGAUGGCGGUGCGGUGCACCUCGCGUUGGUUGCUGGUGGCUGUGGGGACCCCUCGGCUGCCGGCCGCCGCGGGGAGAGGAGCCCGGCCGCCCAGGGAGGGUGCAGUGGGGACGUUCCUGGGCCGCAAGCUGAGCGUCACCGCCUUCGCGCCCUCCCUGGGAGCUCGAGGCCCAGGGGCGCUGCUGACAUUGAGACCCGGUGUCAGCCUCACAGGAGUAAAAAGUUACCCUUUUGUUUGUACCGCCUCCUUCCACACGAGCAGCCCUUUGGCCAAAGAGGAUUAUUACCAGAUCCUAGGAGUGCCCCGAAACGCCAGCCAGAAAGAGAUCAAGAAAGCCUACUACCAGCUUGCCAAGAAAUACCACCCAGACACAAAUAAAGAUGAUCCCAAAGCCAAGGAGAAGUUCUCGCAGUUGGCAGAAGCCUACGAGGUGCUGAGCGAUGAAGUGAAGAGAAAGCAGUACGAUACAUACGGUGCCGCAGGCUUUGACCCUGGGGCUGGUGGCUCCGGGCAGAGCUACUGGAGGGGAGGCCCCACCAUCGACCCCGAGGAGCUGUUCAGGAAGAUCUUUGGGGAGUUCUCCUCAUCAUCGUUUGGAGAUUUCCAGGGCAUCUUUGAUCAGCCUCAGGAGUACAUCAUGGACUUGACGUUCAAUCAAGCUGCCAAGGGUGUCAACAAGGAGUUCACGGUGAACAUCACUGACACCUGUGAGCGGUGUGAUGGCAAAGGGAACGAGCCCGGCACCAAGAUGCAGCACUGCCACUACUGUGGUGGCUCCGGGAUGGAAACCAUAAACACCGGCCCGUUUGUGAUGCGCUCCACCUGCCGGAGGUGUGGUGGCCGAGGCUCCAUCAUCACAACCCCGUGUGUGGUCUGCAGAGGGAGCGGCCAGGCCAAGCAGAAGAAGAGAGUGGUGAUCCCCGUGCCUGCCGGGGUGGAGGAUGGUCAGACCGUGAGGAUGCCCGUAGGAAAGAGGGAGAUCUUCAUCACCUUCAAGGUGCAGAAAAGCCCCGUGUUCAGGAGAGACGGCGCGGACAUCCACUCCGACCUCUUCAUCUCUGUAGCUCAGGCCAUUCUGGGUGGGACAGCCAAAGCCCAGGGCCUGUAUGAGACCAUCAAUGUGACGAUCCCUCCUGGAACGCAGACGGACCAGAAGAUUCGGAUGAGUGGGAAGGGCAUCCCCCGGAUUAACAGCUACGGCUACGGCGACCACUACAUCCACAUCAAGAUCCGAAUUCCAAAGAGGCUGACGAGCCGGCAGCAGAGCCUGAUGCUGAGCUACGCGGAGGACGAGGUGGACGUGGAAGGGACGGUCAAUGGCGUUUCCAACACGAGCACUGGUGGCAGAGCCAUGGAUAGCAGUGCAGGAGGAGAGAGUAGGCGCGAGGCUGGGGAGGACAAGGAGGGAUUCCUUUCCAAACUUAAGAAAAUGUUUACCUCCUGAUAGCUCAGCCGAGGAAAGCGGUCCACCGGGAACUAGUCGGGAAGCAGCAGCCGCUCCUCACGGUCCCG